GUACCAGUUUGUUGUAGAAGCCAGACACAAGAGGGUGAGCACCCAUACCAAUAGUCUUUAGAUUUACUUUGGAACUAACUCCAACCACAAACAAACAUGUGUGACGACGAGGUAGCAGCUUUGGUUGUAGACAAUGGCUCCGGUAUGUGCAAGGCCGGAUUCGCCGGAGACGAUGCUCCACGUGCUGUUUUCCCCUCCAUUGUUGGCAGGCCCCGUCACCAGGGUGUCAUGGUUGGUAUGGGUCAGAAAGACAGCUACGUAGGAGAUGAAGCCCAGAGCAAGAGAGGUAUCCUCACCCUCAAGUACCCAAUUGAGCACGGUAUCGUCACAAACUGGGAUGAUAUGGAGAAGAUCUGGCAUCAUACCUUCUACAACGAGCUCCGUGUCGCCCCCGAGGAGCACCCAGUCCUCCUUACCGAGGCUCCCCUCAACCCCAAGGCCAACAGGGAAAAGAUGACCCAGAUCAUGUUCGAGACCUUCAACGCCCCCGCUAUGUACGUCGCCAUCCAGGCUGUCCUCUCCCUGUACGCUUCCGGUCGUACCACCGGUAUCGUCCUCGACUCCGGCGAUGGUGUCACCCACACCGUCCCCAUCUACGAGGGUUACGCUCUCCCCCACGCCAUCCUCCGUCUCGACUUGGCUGGACGUGACUUGACCGAUUACCUCAUGAAGAUCCUCACCGAGCGUGGUUAUUCCUUCACCACCACCGCCGAGAGAGAAAUCGUCAGGGACAUCAAGGAGAAACUCUGCUAUGUCGCCCUCGACUUCGAGAGUGAGAUGAGCACCGCUGCCUCCUCCUCCUCCCUCGAGAAGAGCUACGAGCUUCCCGACGGUCAGGUCAUCACCAUUGGAAACGAGCGUUUCAGGUGUCCCGAGUCUCUCUUCCAGCCAUCCUUCUUGGGUAUGGAAUCUGCCGGUAUCCACGAGACCACAUACAACUCCAUCAUGAAGUGCGACGUCGACAUCCGUAAGGAUCUGUACGCCAACACUGUCCUGUCCGGAGGUACCACCAUGUUCCCAGGUAUCGCUGAUCGUAUGCAGAAGGAAAUCACCGCCUUGGCUCCAAGCACCAUGAAGAUCAAGAUCAUUGCUCCACCAGAGAGGAAAUACUCCGUCUGGAUCGGUGGCUCCAUCUUGGCUUCUCUGUCCACCUUCCAACAGAUGUGGAUCAGCAAACAGGAAUACGAUGAGUCCGGCCCAUCCAUUGUCCACAGGAAAUGCUUCUAAAUUAUUCUUCAAAUUAAUAGGACUUCAAAUUAUUUUUUCAUUUUCGGUACUGUGAAGAAUGGACUCAACCUCGUGCUUUAUUGAAAUGAACAGGACACGCUGACAGACAGAAUCUCGUUUUGUCCGAUAAAGUGCGAUACCUAAGUGUUUUUCAAGACACCAGUGACAUUCCGUCAGCAGCCUGGGUAAGGCAAUGGUUUCGAAGGUUUUUACUAACCAGAAUAUAUGGACAAAUAUACACACUAAGGAUACUUGCCGUCGUUUAAUUUAAUAUAAUUUACUUUUAAAUAAAUCUAUGCAAAUCUAUAGUUUGAUGGAAGUUGAUUUCUCAGGACGGGAAGUUAUAUUUUGUACAGGAAGUUGAGAGUAUGACGGGACGUACUGUGUACAUCUGUGUAACUAUGGUGAUGUAAUGUAAAUAUCAUUCACACACUGUAAAGAAAAACUGGCAUCAUUUAUCAAAGAAUAUUGUGAUAAUGCACCCACGUUUGUAUACAUGUCGUAUGGAUGUAAGUCCACCAUCCAGAGCAAAUUAAACAUGUUAAAGUUUA